CGGAAGCGUUGGGUUUUAAAGGGAUAGUCAUUUCGGGGCGGGGGCACGGAGAGAACAGCUGAGCAGAGCUCGUGGAAAGCUGCAGAAGAGACGCACAAGAGGGAGAAAAGGGGCUCUGGGGAAGAGACCCGCUGGUGUGUGCUGAGCCUGCCAGCGCCCUGCUCCAUGCCCGCAGGGCACGCCCCCGCGACGCUGCCCCCCCAGCCCCACGCGGACACGGAGAGAGGGCCCGAGCACUUUUCCUGAGGAGAGGUUUUACGCUGGAAUGCCUGUGACAGAAUGAAGCCGCUGAGUCGUGAGCCACACCCGUACGCCUGGAGGGGGCGUGUCCAGAUGCUGCGCGUUUCUCGGAGAGCACCGUCCUCUUUCUUAGCCCCGCCUCCCAGCACCCUCCCGCCCCACUGACGUUCAGCCCUCAGUGGUGCCCUGCCCUGUGCAGGCCUUGGUAACAGGCCUGUGUGGGUAUGGUGUUGGCGGAUUUGACGGGCAGCUGUGGGGAUGGAUGGGCACCUGAGGUAGAGAAGGGGGGGCAGAAUUCUAGCAUGGUGAGCAUACCCAGGUGUGUCAAUGAAGAAACGUCUCCCCGAUUUGUUGACAUGAAAGUUGACUCUUUCUGGAACGUGCUGCCUGUAGCCAGGGGUAGCUCCCGUGUUUGUUUGCACUUUAAAUUUCUUGUUUGACUUGACCUGGUAGCACGCAGAACAAAAAAAAAAACGCCCUUGUGCAGUCGACUGGAAGUGGACGGGAAAAUGCGACACAUCCAUGUGGAAAUCGCACGCAAGGAGGCCCCCGUGGAGCUUCCGGACCACGGCGGGGACCUCCCGCCCCCCAGCGCCCAGACGGGUGCGAGGCCAGGCCUCCUCAGGCCCUAUGGCCAGGAGGAGAUCAGGCUGCAGAAGGUCUAUCAGCUGUCCAUCUUCUCCCAGCUGGGGGGGUUGACCGAGACUUUGGGCGGGCAGAGAUUGGCGCGGCCUGGAUUGAAGAGGGCCCUGGAGGACUGGUCAUCGGGCGCCAAACGCCCCCAUCUGGGGGGGGACCCCAGGCAGGCCCCCCCGGAGGUCCCGGUUGAAGGCGGCUCCGAGCAGAUCUUCUCGGAUAGUGGCCCUCGUGCAGUCGGGCAUGGGGGGGGCAUGCCUGAUCAGGACCCCAGCUGCCAGGUGGCUGCCGUCCCCCUUCCCCUCGCCCGACACCCCUCCCAGCACAACAGGCCAAUCCCCGGCCCUGAGGCCCCCCUCUCCCCCAAACCCCAGCCCCAGGACUCCACCCCAGUCUGGAACCCCACCCCCUCAGCAACCCUCCCCAGGACUGAGCCACUAUCAGCAAACGGUGCUUCGGACUGCACCCCAGCCAAACGGGCCAGGGACCACUUUACCAACGGAGGCGGGCCAGAUCCACAGGCCAUUGAACGAACACUGUGUGACCCCGAGGCGUCGGGGGACACUGAUUGGCCCGUCCAGGAAAGGGGUGGAGAGGCAGCGAGGAGCAGCGAAUCAUCUCCUCCGGAGCCCGGCCAUCCGCAGACCACAUCCACGAAUGGCCUGGCCUCUCCGGAGAAGACCCCUGCUGUGUCCCGGGACGUGACCUCAGGGCCCUCCUCGGGCCCCUGUCCCGCCAAGCGGAGGCUGCUGUCCUCCAGCGACGCGGGGGAGUCCUGCUCGGAGGACGAGGGGCCCUCCACCUCCAAGAGGAGCCGGCUGGCGCUGCUGGCCCCCGGCCUGGGGCUCGGAGCCUGCCGCAGCACGGACGCCAAGGGCGCCCCCUUCUGGAACCACCUCCUCCCCUCUGCCCGGGAGCGGCCCAAGAGCGCAGCUGACUGCUCCAGGGUGGGAAGGAGGCUGAAGAGUGGGCUUCGACUGAAAUCGCGUCGGCUGCGUAGUGGCCGCCGAUCAGAGACUUUUCGCUCAGCCUCCAUAAGCCGCUCCCUGCUGGGGAACUUUGAGGAGUCCAUGCUCAAGGGCCGCUUCCCUCCGUCGGGCCGGAUCGACGGGUUCACGGCCGAAAUCGGGGCCAGCGGCUCCUACUGCCCCCAGCACGCCACCCUGCCCGUCCAGGUCUCCUACUACGACAUCUCCGAGCACAGCGCCCCUUCGCCCUUCCUGGGGGUAAUCUGCCUGGAGCCACUGGGAAAGAAGGGGUACAGUGUACCUAAAGCAGGGACCAUCCAAGUGACCUUAUUCAAUCCCAACAAAACUGUGGUGAAGAUGUUCCUGGUGACCUACAACUUUGAGGACAUGCCCGUCAAUCACGUGACCUUCCUGCGUCAUCGAAUCUUCCUGGUGCCCGUUGGGGAGGUGGAAGGGGAGAGGCAAGGGGAGGGGCCAGAAGACAGGGCCACAGACAGGAAGAAAAUUCUCUGCUACCUGAUACACCUCAGAUUCCAGAGCUCCAAAUCUGGAAAAAUCUACUUGCACAAUGAUAUCCGGCUGCUAUUCUCCCGAAAAUCCAUUGAGGUGGACACGGGGAUCCCCUAUGAGCUGAAAUCCUACACCGAGGUGCCAAGAAACCCCAAAUACUCCCCCCGAGUCUGAUGCUCUCUUCGCACGAUGCCCCCUGGUGGUCAAACCCCAUGGUGGGUACAGGUAACAGACUGCUCAAACCAGAGGAAGUGAAACCAAGGACAAAACGAGAAAUGUGAAACGGGACUGUUUAUAAAUUCAGGGUCAACUUGCAUGCCUUGUGACGACAAAAAAAGAAGAAAAAAAUAGUUCUCUUCUAGUGCUGUGUUUCACUUCAAAACUCUUCCCUUCGUUCUGUCUGUGCAACUCCACCCAGCCCCAGUGGACCAAUUCCACGUCUACAGCAUACAUCGGUGACCAAUGACAGAGCUUCUCUCACCUCCCAUUGAUCUACCUGUGGGAGAAUAGCAAACAUAUUUAUGACAAGGAAACUGAAGUAGAAAAAUCUUCCCGAUUGCUAACAAGUUGUCAGCCAGGCAACUUCACUGUUGUACAAGUGUGUGUAUCACCAAAUGUUUGGUGUGUGUGAGGAUGGGGAGAUCUCUCCCCUGAUCAUACGAAUGAGGAUGAGGGUCAGAGUUCGAAUACACAGUUAUGUCACCUUCUUUGGGCUUACAGAAGAUUCCGGAUAGAGCGAGGUCAUGGAUGAACAUGUUGCUCCACCUGACUGUCUCGACAGACUGAACCACUGUUUAUAUAAGGAGAGGGUGGAGAGAGGCGGGGUGGAACGGACCACUUGUACCCCUGGGUAGCCAUUUGCAAUCUCUUGCCCUCACCCAUCGCCAUGGCGCCAACAGGCUGAAGAGCACUCAUGAACAGAGCGUUGUAUUACCGCUCAGAGUUUAAGGGGGAAACGGUGGUCGUGUUUAAUUUAUUUGCAGAUGUCUUAAAGCAAUAUGCUGCGGUUAGUGCGAUUUAUUUUAGCUCCACUCCAGCUUUGUUCCACCAGUGAUGUUGUAGAGAGGACAGGGUUGUGAGGGAGGGAGGUGGGGAUUGGGGGGGGGAGGAGGUGGUAGUUGGGGUAUUUAAUAAGAUAAGCAUAUGUAUAUUAAAAGCAAAAACUCAAUGGCUCACAAGUAACACAGGUGACUGGCAACUGCUGAAAUAUCAGCAUACAGUCUUCACACUAAUUCCUUUUAACUUGAUUAUCUUUAUGUUUUCUUUAUACAUACGUGGAAUCAUGUAAGGAAGAAACGUCAGGUUUUCACAGGCGCCUUUCAAAUUGCGUAUUUGCAGAAUUCCGAAAUUCAGGAACUUAAAUCAAUCAGUUGGGAUGCCGAGACGAGAUUUCAAACUGAACACGCCAGCCUUGGGAACUAUCGGGAACAGCUGCCAUGAAAGAACCUCUCCCCAGACAGAAAGAACCUCUUCAGUUCCCCAGACAGUGAGGAUCAAAAUCUCGAUUAACUGUUUGCUCCAAAGCCAGAUGUGCAGUUUUCACAAAAUAUAACUGGGGGGGUGGGGUGGGGGGGGGGUGGCCUGAACUUUAAAAAGGGACCUAGUCUAUUUUGACUGGCAGCUUGAUAAAGACCAAAUGCUUCUGCUUCUGUUCCAAUUUUCAGCACAACCUUUAAAUGAUUAGGAUAUUUUUGGCCACAGACUAAAUGUUUUCAAGCAAAGCUUCCAUUCAGUUGAAUCACGCAGAAGAAUUUUACACUUUCUUUUGUAACUCGAUCAUUUUUUUUUUUUUUUUUUUUUAGAGAAUGAGUCAUUUUAAAUUGAUAGUUAUAUUCCAAGAAGACCUUGCAAUUAUGUGGUAUAGGUAUACUUAUAUCCGAAUAAAAGUAUAGCACAAUGAAAUAAGAGACCAAAGAAGCUAACAUUUUUUGUAAGAGUUUGUGGGUACAGAGGAGAUUUCAGAUUACUUGCUGUCAACACAGGAUGUGGCUUAAUGAUUGAUUAAUCAAUGCGAUUUACAGUCAAGUCUAGGCUUGUGGCAAGACUGACCGAGCUUCUGGGAACAGGAUUAAAUGGUGUACAGAGGAGGAUGACAGAGGAUGACAAUGGAAUUCAUAUUUGAUUCUGAUAAUCAGAAAUGUAGUGGAAUUUUCUAAAUGUAUGCUUAGCUCUGGAAAGAGUUUACAAAAAGCACAGUAUCCUUUAGGAUGUUAACAUCCCCCAUUUGGCUUAGAAUUGUUUCAGUACAGUUGACAGGCUAUACCCUUUCCUUAAUUGAAAUCAAGAGGUACUAUUGCACUGUAUGGAAUUAAAAUGACAAGCAGCACAGAAGUUGUGUCGUGACAUUGUAUAUCUAAGGACUUUUAGCUUUUAGUUUUUGCUGUGGAUAAAUAUUAGGUAAUUCAUCAAGCGUAACCAUUCAGGAACUCAUUGUGCCCCACCUCCCCCCUCCCCACCCUAUUUUGAUGUAACAAUUUUGAAGUGAAAUGGAAGAAAAACUACUGUGAGCUUCUAUCGUUUUCCGAUUUGAACCAGGGCACAGUGUGCUUUCGAAGCAAUAUGAGCACAAGUGGUUCAUUCAUGUCCUGCACGAAGCCCGAUGUGCAGGUGCCAGAGCAGCCGUUUAAAAAAUUAGCACAGUAAUACCCCAGUGUGAGCUGGGAAAACCUGUCGAACCCCUGUUAAGUGUGCGAAACCCUGAUCGCAUCUCACAGGCUGUGUUCACAUCGCCUGCGUCGAGACCCGAAUCUGUGCCCUAGCGACCAGCAGCCCAGCUGCAGAAUCUGUACAAACCUGGCACAGGUUCCCCUGAAAUCUGCACGUCCUGAAUGCAAGGCCUUAGUCCCUCUGCCACCCACCCCAACUGCUCCUUUUUAACAUUUUGCGUUCUCUGAUAGGGAACAAAAACCUGUGUUACUUUGAGGCCUUGGGUUAACACUGAACCGAGGGUAAACACCUGCAGCUGGUCUCUCCGUGUAUGAAAUAAAAGGAAUGAAAUGGAAAA